AUGUGGAAACAAGUUGAGAAGAUGUUCUCUUGCGGGAAAGACCCGCGGCUGAAUAAUCUAGAUGAUACAUAUACUAGUUUCUGUAGAAGUCCAUUACACAUAGCAGUUAUGUCUGGUGACAUCAAUUUUGCAACAGAAAUCUUAUCUAACAGACUCGAUCUUGCAUUAAAACAAGACUCAAAUGGAUAUACGCUACUUCACCUUGCUUCUGUGAGAACAAGUCUAGGGAUGGUGAGAUUGUUGCUCAAGGCCGAACCUGGUGCUUCUAUGGUUCAAGACGAAGAUAGAAGAACACCUCUACAUCUAGCAGCUAUGAAGAAUCAUGUGGAGAUCAUCAAAGAACUAAUGGACGAAGGAUUACCCGAAGCAAUUCACCUAAGAAAUCAUCGAAAUGGAGAGACCAUAUUACACUUUUGUGUAAAAAGUAAUACCAAUCUAAAGACUCUUAAGCUAUUGGUAAACAAUAUAUUACAUGCAGCGCCACUUCAAGAUCAAAAUCCAAAUCCUGUAUCUAUCAACUCCACGGACAACGGCGGCAACACCAUCUUGCACCUUGCUGCGAAAAUGGGGAACAUGAAGAUCACAAACUAUAUAUUGCUGAAUAGCAGUGUAAGAAUUGAUAUAAAUGUCGUAAACAACAAGCGCCUCAAAGACUUGAAUAUGUUAUCACAAGCUGAAAGGAACGAUCUAAAAUUUGGCUACAUACGAGACUACUGGUUAUAUCCUAAAAUACUUAAUCUUAGCCAUAAUACUAGCAAUGGAGGAGGAAAAGGGGGACAAUAUGCUAACGUUAAAGAUUUUGUGACUGCUUUAAGGGAUAUAAAGCGUAGUAAAAUGGAGUACAUUUAUGAUAUGGCAAAAGAAGGUUUAGUUUUGGAAGAUUUUCUGCUUAGUGAUGUUUCAAACUACAGCAACAGUGGAAAUAGUAGCAAUGUUGGGUUUUUCCCUUAUAUAAUACUGCAUGCUGGAUACCCUAUAUUGGGGUAUACGUGGCCAACCAACUACAUGUUUUACUUGCUUACUAAUGGAGUUGCGUUUUUUGUGUCUCUGACUAUAAUAUAUCUAGUCAUAUGUGGGUUUAUGAUGGAAACAUCUGUUAUCCAAGUUCGAAUUCUUGUGGUGUUGAUGUGCAUUUCAAUCGGAUGCAUUGCCUGUGGCUAUCUGUCUAUAUUAGCAGCCAUGUUACCGGAGUUCUAUUAUAAUGUACCUAAAGUGUAUCUUGCACUCGCAAAAAUUUUUGGAGUCUGCUGCUUGUUGGGAGUUGGAUACUUCAUUUGGAGUUUGACAUGGAAGAUAGUUAAGCUACGAAAGAGAAUGAGGCACCGCCACAUUGGGGUUAUUAAUUACUACCUUAAGGCGUUCUUCCUCGGUAUAGAAGCAAAGGCUGCAGGAAAACUGAUUUUGUUCAUUGCUGGUUACUCUGCUUUUCGUGUUUUUGCAUAUUUGUAUUAUGGUGAUUGGUCCGAUGUUCACCCACUUCUGUUUUAA